CCAUAACACCACUUCCCUGAGAGACCAGCACAGCCGUGGUGCCUCUCUGUCCCACCAGGCCUCCCAUCCUAAGGCCAUGGUGGGAUGGACAGCAGGAGAGAAAGAAGUCAGGCAGGAGGAGCUGCAGCCAUGACCAAGCUUUUCUCCAGCUUCCUGCUCACACUGUCUCCAGAUCUUGUGUACUUCAACAAGGAUGAAAUCACUAAAGUUUGGGAUUCUGUGUCUGAGUGUUAUCACCAAGACCUGCUGCUGAAGAAGAGAGUUGGGCUGAUGGGCCUGGGUACCCUCCACAUCAUGAAAAGACCCAUCUGGCACGGAGAAGGAGAAGGUUUCAUGGCAGACAGUCUGGAGUUUAAUCUGAACAAGCCAUUUCUGAUGGGGGAGAAGCUCCUCCAUGGGAAAAGCCCCGUGUCUGGGCUCUCCAAAGCGGACGAGUUGGUCUGUGCUGAGGUGGCCUUGCGCCUGCACAAGUCCAAAGCCACCAUCAUUACGUGCGUCAAGGCCACGCUGAAGAUCUGUGAGUGGGCCUUGUCCAGUGGCCAGAACUUGGACUUUGUCUUCAAGGACAUCGGCGUCCUGGUCUGCCGGGGAAAACACGUGGCCAUGAGGUUCUUUGAAGGCUUGGUCCGAGAGGUGGCUCAGUCCCAGAGCGUGGCAGACAGUUUGCUCCAGUCACCAAAUCUGAAGCCGUUAUUCAUCGCCCACACGGAAAAGGACAUUUCCCAGUUUCCUCCUGGAGGUGUCUUUGUGCUGCCGCACUUUGUGCAGGCAGAUGGGAAGUCCCAGCCACAUCCUAUAAGUGUUUACCUACAAGGCACUGGCACAACAUGCAAAACCAACACCGAGCACCAAACGACUCCGGGUCCCUCUUUUUCUGAAUGGGGACCCAAGGAAGCAGUGGGACAGCCCUCAGGGAAGGAGACUGGGCUGGGACAGGAAGGCUGGGACAUCCCUCAUGUCCAAAGCAUUCUGGAGAUGCAGUUGAGAGGAGCUUCUUCUUUUUCUUCUUCAGGAAACCUUCCCAGCCAACGCCUCCUUCUUCGUCCGCGCCUUUCUCCAAGUCGGAUAUGUGAUGUGAAAGUGACGGGAAGAGAAAAGAAAAAGGCUGAUGGUGGAGUGCAGAGAGAGAGUUUGCUGCCUCCAAUUGAGAACUCUGUGAAGAAGGGCAGAGCCGCCGAGGAGAUGGAAGCAGCCAAAGCUGGGCUGGCAGCUCCCACCAGGCAGGGAAAACGUGUCAAGCUUCCAUCCCUGGCAGAGAAGGGGGGCCUGGAGAAGGCUGCUGCAUUCUCUCCUGGAGGAUUUGAAAGGCUAAGGAAGGAGAGGGUGGCUGCUGUGGCAGGGGUGGCUGCUGCUUUAUCCCCAGAAGGGACAAAGGAGAAGAAGACACUGUCCCCUCAGAGAAGACCACAGCCAAGGACCCCACGAGCAAAGCAGGUCCUGCUAAACCUGCAGCCAUACAGAAUUGCCCGGGAGCAGUGCAUGAAGGCCUUGCAGAUGAACCAGUUACGGAAAUGGUCCAACGACGAUCCCCUCACCCUAGGUGACAGCCUCAGGCAGGACGAGGCAGGAGGGACACAAGCUUCUGGAUCUAACCUGAGCUUGGUGAAGAAGCUGGAGGUCCACGAAGAGACAGCAACAGAACUGGGACAUGGGGACAACCACAUGGCACCAUGGAAAAAGGAAUAAAGACCUAGAAACCCA